AUGGAAGUGUUCAUCCCUCCUCAAAUGUAUCGAACCAUCGCGCUGCGAACUAAUCAGCAUGCGGUCGCUCAAACGGGCAAAAGCCUCCUCUUGAAGAACGACGAGUGCGAGCAGUUCUUCGGGGCUAGCUUGCUGAUGUCUGUGCUCAAGUUCCCCUGGAUACGCAUGUACUGGUCACAACCAACGCGGAUCGCAGCAGUGGCAGACGCUUUCACUCGGGAUCGUUUCCACUUCAUUCGGGGACACUUGAAAGUAGUGAAUGAUGUCGACGUCACCGAUGAGCAGAAGAAGGGCCGCUUGUGGAAGGUGCGUCCCCUCGUCGAAAGCGUUCGAAGUGGCUGUCUGCAGCAGGAAAGGCCUCCUCAGGUGUCCAUCGACGAGCAGAUGAUUCCUUUCACGGGGAAAACGACACUGAAGCAGUAUGUGCCUGGAAAGCCUCACCCAGAAGGUCUUAAGAACUUCGUGCUGGCAUCACCGCGAGGACUCGUUCUCGACUUCGAGGUCUACCAAGGGAAGAAGCUUGACGACGGAGGCGCUGAAGGAACGUCCCGCCUCCUGGAACAGCUGGAGGCUCGAGGGCUUCACGGGACUGGUACCAUCAAGAAAAAUCUGGUCCCGAAGGAGGCCAAACUGCCGACAGAGAGGGAACUCGCCAAACGAGGAAGAGGGACGUCUGUGUGCGCUGUCCGCAGUGACGACGCUGUAGCGUUCACGGCCUGGCAAGAUCGCAAGAUGAUCCUGUUGGGAUCAACCGAACACGGCAUCGAGCCUUCAGACACCUGUAAAAGGUACCAGAAGACAAGUCGGUCGUACAUUGACGUAACUCGUCCUGCAGUCGUCAAGGCCUACAACGCCAACAUGGGAGGAGUGGAUCUGAAUGAUCGGAUGAUCGCGCACUAUAGGUCUGGCGCGAGAACUCGGAAGUGGACGGUAAAAACAAUCCUUCACUUCUUCGACUUGUCAGCUGUCAAUGCGUGGCUACUGUACCAGCAAGAUGCCGAAGAAGCCGGCAUCAAGGGUGCCGAGAUGAUGAAAUUCCUCCAGUUCAAGUAUGCCCUGGCGAUGCAGCUCCUGAAGGGCAUCAGCUCCGAUGGCUCAUCCCACAGCAGCUCAGGAAGCAGCGACGUAGAAGAGCCUGACGGACCGGAUCCAAAGAAGCGCCGUCGAGCCACAGUGCCAAUGCCGUCACCAGCUCGCCUGCGUUCAGGGAAGCACCUCCCCAAGUGCCACCCUCGGAAGGAGUUUCAGCGGUGCAGGAAGCCCGGGUGCCAUCAGCAGACAGGGAUGGAGUGCCGCAGGUGCAAGAUCUUCCUCUGCUGCCGCCCGGAUCGUGACUGCUUCCAUCAGUUCCACGAGGGAGGUUCGAAUGUGUAAACACCGUGGACAAUCAGCGCGCACCCUUCAGCUCCGUUUCUGGGGAGCUUCAGGGCGCACCCUUCAGCUCCCUCUCUGGUGAGCGUCAGCGCGCAGCUCCGUUUCUGCUGCGCGUCAGCGCGCACCCUUCAGCUCCGUUUCUGCUGAG